CGCCGCCUGCCAGCCUUUCCCCGCCUCCUCCUCCUCCCCCUCCCUCCCUCCUCCUCUCGCAAUCCCCUCAGGCGGCGCCCCCGGGGGCGGGGAAGGCUUCAGCGGGGCGGCCGUGGCGGCUCCUGUCCUGGCUGAGUGGCGGCGUCCGCAGGGGAGGAGAAGCGGAACGAAGCAGCCUCGGGGACGGGGACGCGGGCAAAGGAGAGCGGCGGCGGCUCGUCCUCGGUCUCCAUUCGCAGCCCCGCUGUAGGGACGUUCACACGCGCAGGAAGGAGGAACGAUGGCUCUGGACGGUAUACGGAUGCCAGAUGGCUGCUAUGCGGAUGGGACGUGGGAGUUAAACGUCCAUGUCACAGACCUGAACAGAGAUGUAACUCUGAGGGUCACAGGGGAGGUCCACAUUGGUGGCGUCAUGCUGAAACUGGUGGAAAAACUUGAUGUCAAGAGGGAUUGGUCUGACCAUGCCCUGUGGUGGGAAAAGAAGAGAACCUGGCUCCUUAAAACUCACUGGACCCUGGAUAAGUAUGGAAUACAAGCUGAUGCAAAGCUGCAGUUCACUCCUCAGCACAAACUUCUCCGACUUCAACUUCCCAACAUGAAGUAUGUGAAGGUGAAAGUCAACUUCUCUGACAGAGUCUUCAAGGCAGUAUCUGACAUCUGCAAGACCUUUAAUAUCAGACAUCCCGAAGAACUCUCCCUCUUGAGGAAGCCAAGGGAUCCAACAAAGAAGAAAAAGAAAAAGCUGGAUGACCAGUCUGAAGAUGAGACACUUGAGCUGGAAGGUCCAUUAAUCACGCCUGGAUCAGGCUCUGAUGUUCUUUACAUCGGCCCAGUGAAAGGGAGCAUUUAUUCAAGCCCUGGGCUCUAUAGCAAAACCAUGACACCAACGUACGAUUCUCAUGACGGGAGCCCUUUGUCGCCAACUUCAGCUUGGUUUGGAGAUAGUGCUUUGUCAGAAGGGAAUCCAGGUAUACUUGCCGUCAGCCAGCCAAUCACAUCCCCAGAAAUCCUAGCCAAAAUGUACAAGCCUCAAGCGCUUCUGGAUAAGGCCAAGAUCAACCAGGGGUGGCUGGAUUCUUCAAGGUCACUUAUGGAGCAAGACGUGAAGGAGAAUGAAGCCUUGCUUCUCCGGUUCAAAUACUACAGCUUCUUUGAUUUGAAUCCUAAGUACGAUGCAAUCAGAAUCAACCAGCUGUUUGAACAGUCAAAAUGGGCUAUUCUUUUGGAAGAAAUAGAGUGCACGGAGGAGGAGAUGAUGAUGUUUGCAGCAUUGCAGUACCACAUCAAUAAGCUAUCAAUCAUGUCAUCUGAAAAUCACUUGAACAACAGCGACAAAGAGGUUGAUGAAGUUGAUGCUGCCCUUUCUGACCUGGAGAUUACUCUGGAAGGAGGGAAGACAUCCACAAUUCUGGGUGACAUCACUUCGAUCCCAGAGCUUGCUGACUACAUUAAAGUGUUCAAGCCAAAGAAGCUGACACUGAAGGGUUAUAAGCAGUAUUGGUGUACCUUCAAAGAUACAUCUAUCUCCUGUUACAAGAGCAAAGAAGAAUCCAACGGGACUCCAGCUCACCAGAUGAACUUGAGAGGGUGUGAGGUGACUCCUGAUGUCAACAUCUCUGGUCAGAAAUUUAACAUAAAACUUUUGAUCCCUGUUGCUGAGGGCAUGAACGAAAUUUGGCUCCGUUGUGAUAACGAGAAGCAGUACGGGCACUGGAUGGCAGCUUGCCGGCUUGCCUCCAAGGGCAAAACCAUGGCAGACAGUUCAUAUAACUUGGAAGUUCAGAACAUCCUGUCUUUUCUGAAAAUGCAACAUCUGAACCCAGAUCCACAGAUAAUUACUGAGCAGGUCACGACGGAUAUCAAUCCUGAAUGUCUGGUUUCCCCAAGAUACCUGAAGAAGUACAAGAACAAGCAGAUCACUGCCCGGAUCUUGGAGGCGCACCAGAACGUGGCUCAGAUGAGCCUCAUUGAAGCCAAAAUGAGAUUUAUACAAGCGUGGCAGUCCCUGCCAGAGUUUGGCAUCACCCACUUCAUUGCAAGGUUCCAAGGGGGCAAGAAGGAGGAGCUUAUUGGGAUCGCCUACAAUCGGCUGAUCCGGAUGGAUGCCAGCACCAGCGACGCCAUCAAGACGUGGCGCUUCAGCAACAUGAAGCAGUGGAACGUGAACUGGGAAAUAAAGAUGGUAACGGUAGAAUUUGCCGAUGAUGUUCGAGUGUCCUUCAUCUGCACUGAAGUGGAUUGCAAAGUGGUGCAUGAGUUCAUUGGGGGCUACAUUUUCCUGUCCACGCGUGCAAAAGACCAGAAUGAAAGCUUAGACGAAGAGAUGUUCUACAAACUGACCAGUGGCUGGGUGUGAGUUGGAGGAGAUCUCCUGUACUGACAUAAACUCAAUGGCCAUAUUAAUAUUUAACUUCAAAAGCUGUUAUUUGAAAUAUGCUGCUUAAUCAAGUUAAGCUUGAAGUGUAUCUUUUCUUUUUAAUAUCAUGGAAACCUUUGCAUUAGCAGACCAGUUUGUAUGUGCACUAAACAGCACUUCUGUUAAUCUGCUAGGACAAGACCACAUAAUGCCUACGCUUGUGCCUCUUUUCCUCCUCACUCAGCAAGACAGCCAUGGUGGGGGGGCUGAUCAGGUUAAUUUCUGACAGAUGUAAGCUAACCAAAUCAGUAAAAAAACAAAACUCUAAAGCCAUCUAACUAUAAAGAUACCCAGGGCCUAAUCUAUAUGAAGUCUAUUUAUCAUGUUUAAUGCAUGUUUUGUGAGGUUUUUAAGCAAAUAUAUAUAUAUUGUAAAAUUGACAACCAUGUGUUCAACAUCCUUCCUAAUUUUAGGGUAGAAUUUUUUGGUGUGCAAUCCAGGAAGGCCUUUUUGCUGCCCCUCUUUCCCCAUUCACUUCAAUGGGGGGGGCUGUCCAAGGACUUCCAUGCGCAGCAGCGGUGCUUGGUGGACCGUGCCCUUUGGCCCCUUAGUUUUCGCACUACAUAAUCAGGUCCAUUGCAGGGGCCUGAGGCUUUUACAAAAACAAUCAUGCGUGGCCUUGAAAAAUAUUCCUUCAUUAGGUUGUAGGUGUAUCUGUUAACUUCUUGUUUCUGUUUGAUAAUCAUUUAUAUAUUGUGCAUCUCUCUCUCUCUCUCUCUCCUUUACCUUUUAUCUUUUUUUUACACCAUAUUGUAUUACAAAUACAUUUAGUAUUCACCAGCAUAGCCACUCUCUACCUAAGAUGAUAUGCAAAAACUUUUCAUUACAAUAUGAAGUAAAGGUCUAUGAAGUAUAAGGAUGUUUUUGUGUAACUAAUGUAAAAAGAAACACAAAUUUUAUAAAAUUGUACAGGUUUUUCUUUCUUUUUCUUUUAAAAACUCGUCUUACAAGCCAAAGUAGGAAUCGCAAUAGUAUCAAGCGUAUUGGCCUUACAGUAUGUUUUUAAUCUAAGUUAAAAUCCUGACCUAGUUAUAGCUGUGCCACAAUGCCCUUAACAACAAAACUCAGUUGCCUGGAAUUGGGGGCUCCCACUUCAAAAUUAACACUAACACACAGGGGGACCCCAACCCACCCAAUGCCAGGGGAUAAACCAGUAUUGUGUUCAAUAGUCCGUGAGAUAAAAACUAUGUACAAAUGCAUUGUAUUUUAAAUAAAGGUUGGAUCUUUUAUUUAA